AUGGUCAAAUCUGAUUUACUAGUUAUAGAUCGAGAUUUUAUUAAAACAUUGAUAGAUUUGAUACUACAAGAAAAUGACGACGGGUCAUCGGGAUGUGCAGGAAUAAGACUAUUGGAUAGAGAGAGUGCAACUAUUGACCAAGGAGAGUGUGAACAAUUGGUAUCAAUCAUCUUUUCAAAUGUUGUUGAUAGAGUUGAGGAAAUCGAUAUAGAUAUUUGGAGCAAUUCAACAACAACAACAAAAGACAAUGGUUUUGAACAGGAAGAUUUUGAAGCGGAAGAAGAAGAAGAAGAAGAAGAAGAGGAAGAAGACAAUGACAAAGAAGGAGAAUUUGGAGAGUUUUUAACAAAUCCAAUUCUAUCGAUUAGUAUUCUAGAGGAAUGUAAAAAGCGAGUCAUUUCAACAUGUUGGAAAGAUAGACAUACUGCUUUGGUAAUCUCAACUAGGAUACUUUUAUUUUUAAAAAAAGAUACUAUUGCUCAAAAAGAAAUGGAAAUUGAAAAUCUUAUCAACAUGUUUAUACAUAUUGCCAAUGAUUCAAAUCCCAGGGUUAGAUGGGCAUUUUUUAAUUUUCUUUCACAAAUAUGUAAAGUUGAUCGAAUAAUUUCAACCAAAACGAGUAUAGUUCAACUAUUCAUAUCUAUCAUUGAAAUGGCAAUUCAAGAUUCAAAUAAUCGUGUAAAAUUAGCUUGUUGUCAAUUGAUUCAAAUAUUUUUAGAAAAUAAUUCUUUAAAUUCAAUUUCAUUUAAUCAUUUAUUUACUUUAUUUGAAUAUUUAAUACUAUCACCACAAGAUAGCUAUUGUGUAGAAAGUGCUUUAGAUUUACUUGUCAAAGCAUUUACAAUUUCCAAAGAAAAAAAUAUUUCUUGUAUAUUAUUAAUUUUAGAAAAAUAUAAAUCAUCUAGUUUAGUAAUUGAAAAGUGUCGUCGUGCUUUUGAAGCAAUUCGAUCAUUUGCAGAAACCAAUGGGAAACAAUUUUCAAAACAAUUAAAAUAUUUAUUCCAACAUGUUCAAAGUCAUGGUAUAAUUGACUAUUAUCUUUUCUCUGAUUAUAUCGAAAUAUGUUCAACGGUAUCAAAGAGUCUUGGAAUGGAUUAUUCCAUCUACCUUGCACCAACAAUGAAAUUCAUUUUGGAUAUUCUCAAUCAAGAUAUUGAAACGAUUGAUCAAGAGGAUGAAAAUGGGUCAAAAAAAGUGGAUUUGGUAGCAUGUGCAUUGCAAAAUCUUGAAACCUUUGUCGAUUCUUGCAAAUCUAGUAUUUCUCCAUAUCUUGAAUUAUUGGUCGACGCAUCUACAAGACUGUCAACUACCAAUACUCGUAAAGGUAUUCGUUAUAGUACCACUGAAAUUUUCCGUUCAUUGUUUAACGCGUGCAUUGUUAAAUAUGGAAAUAAUAGUCAACAGGCUAAAACAAUCUACUCUAGACUAUUGUCAUGUAUAUUGGAUUCAUGUGGUUCAAGUGAACAAGAGAUUGGUGUGCUAAUUGAAAAGUUAUUUGUUGCUGGUGAUGAUGAACAAGUCCAAGACAAUGAUGGUAGCCUACCAGAAUCAAUUGGAGCUCUAUUUCAAUUGAUUGGUGAUAUUGUCGAAAAAAAUCAAGGCAUGGUAAUCAAUGUCAUAAAGGUGGAUAUUAUACCCGAAACGAUACAAUUGCUCAGCGACCAAACAGUAGAUUACCAUAUCAAGAAAUCAAUACUACAAAUGUUUUCAGAUAUUUGUCAAUUUGGUGGUCAACCAAGUAUUGUAUUGUUGUAUCCUCUAAUCAUUCCAGUCAUGAUUGGUCAUCUUUCAAGUGACAAUGUAGAGAUUGCACUAAAUGCAGCAGUUGGGUUGGGUGAAGCUGCUGUCUCGAGUAAAGAUCAAUUUGCACCCUAUGUAUUCAAUGUAUUGAUACAACUCAAGGAUCUCAUCUCUUGUAAUGAAAAUAGAAAGAAAAAGAACAAAGUUCCAGCAACUGAAAGUGCCAUAUCAGCAAUUGGUAAAUUGAUUAGACAUGUCCCUCAAUUGGCUCCCCAUGUUGGACAAAUCAUUCCAGCUUGGCUAGAGAGACUACCCAUCAAAUAUCACGAAGAAAAUGUACAGUGUAUCGAAAACUUGUACCACAUCAUACAAUUAUAUCCAAACGAGUGUCUUGGUGGUAGAGAUGGAAAUCAAAUGACAAAUGUUAGUCGAAUCAAUCAUAUUGUAUCCAAAUACACAACAGACCCUGAAUUUCAAAAAAAAGUGAAACAAAUGUACAUUAACUACAAAUUCAAUUACGAUGAAUUAGUUACCUACAACCGAGGUAAACAAUUAUGUAAUAAUAUUCAAUCAUUAUUAUCAAAAAUUUAA